UUUCAUGUUUUGUGUCCAGAGAGUUCUGGUGCAAGUGAUUUAGUCAGUCUGAUUCAGAAAAUGAUUCUAGCCAUGAAAGUAAUGCUGUCAAUGAUGAAUCAGAUGAUGAUAUAUGUAAUGCAGAGACUGUUCAGUGUGAAAGUUUUGACCAUGAUUUAGAACCUUCUGCAGAGUAUUUAAGACAGAGAAAGAAAACUGAUGAUUUCUUUGCUCAGACCUGCAAGUGUGAAAAACUUUAGGCAAACCAUGCAGUCAAGUUGUCGAUGGUAAUGAUAUAACUGACUUACGUAUGUAUUCAGCCGGUAUGCAGACAGAUGAACUUGAUCUUGUUAUUAAAUCAGCCAUGUUGUGCCACAGAAAAAAUGGCCAACAAACUGACAGUUGUAAACAUAAACGGCAGGAGAGGGUUAGGCCCAGUCAGUAGUUUUAUAUUAAGGGAGUUGAAGUUUGCCGUGAGGUAUUCUGUUUCGCAUACAACAUCGGAAAGGAGAAACUAAAAAGAAUUGGUCGCUCUCUUGACAAUGAUGGAUUGAUUGCUAGGACUCAUGGUAAUACCAAAAGACUACCUCAUAAUGCAAUCACAUUUGAGGAGAGAACACAUAAGAAAAUUCCUCAUCUGCUAUGCAUCUGACAAUGCAAUGCCCGUUCCCGGAAGACUUCCAAACCACCGCAAUAGUUCAGAGUCAUGUUCCUUAGAUGCAACCGUCCACUACAGCUGGGACUUUGCACAGCAGGUUCAUAUUCCACACCAUAGCCAACAGGUUGGACCCCUGUAUUUCAAAACUGCCGGAGGAGAUGUGAGGUAUUUGGAGUUUGCUGUGAAGGAUCUGAGAAACAGGUGUUUUGCCUGGGUGAGGCACAUGCUCAGUUCCACUUUGACAAUUGCCAAGGACAACAAAAAUAAUGCCGUUCUUGGUUAUGCUGUGUGGAGAACAUUGACAGGAGGGCAUAAGACAAUCCAAUACUCACUGAUGCUAGCCGGCCACACCAAAUUUUCAUGCGACUGGCAUUUUGGAGUUUGGAAAAACAGAAUGAGAUACAUGGAUGCAGAGACAGUUGAGGAGGUGGCUUCCACAGAAGCCAUGUCAUCCCGUAAUGGCCACAACAUUCCACAUAUUGUUGAUGGCAACAGCAAACAAGUGUCGUUCUAUGACUGGAGCACCUUCUUCAAAGGCAUUUUCAAACCAUUGAAGAACAUUUCGAAAUACCAUUCAUUUGAGGUGUCUUCUAACGAGCCUGGGGUUUUAAGAGUAAGGAAGUUUGUUGAUGCCCCUGGGGAGAAAAUUAACAUACUGAAAAACUGCCAAGUGGAUAUUGGUGUUCUGCCAGAGCAGAUCUUUGGUGAGGGAAUAAGUGCAGAAAGGCAAUGGUACUUGCAUGAUGUAAAAAGAGACUUUUGCGGAUCAGAUAAUGCAAAAAACACAACAUACCCAUUGCCAUUAGUUGCAAAAGAAGGCUAUUCAAAGGCCAAAAAACAAAAGUUGAAAUAGGCAACUUUAUUGAGAACACUUUCUGUGUGUGUUUCAGCAAAAGUUAUAGUUUGUUUCUUGCUAUAAAUAUAUUGGCAUGUGUAAGUGGAAGUUUUAUGUUUUCAUUUACAUUCAAAGAAUAUAUUUCUUUGUGUUACAUUGAUAAAAUAUUCAUGAUCUUAGGAAUGUAUGGUUUCCUUGGCAACCAAAAGUAACACACUUGAUUGAUCAUUAAAUACUUAUGUAUAAACAUGUAUUUCAAAUAUGGGAAUAUCAUUGAACAGUCGGCCAUCUAUAAGUAAAGUAUGAUGGCAUUCAUAUUUUCCAUACACGACUCCAGUAUAAUGUGAAAGUGUACAUUUAUAAGUCUAUAUGUUAAUAGUUAUACAUUAAUAUAGUUUCAAUAAUCCUUGCAUGCAUAUGUUUGUUGUCAAUUUUGUCAAAUAAGGCAUGUGUCAAUGCUUUCCUUGUAAAUACAUUUCAUUCUGUGUCAUCUUACAACUCCAAAAGAAUGAAAUGAGCAAAAAAAAAGAAUUAUUCUAGGUAUAAGUCAGUUGCUAUGGCAACCAAGUAUAACAUUCUUAUUGAUUUUAAAAAUAAUUGAUUUCACCAGACAAGUUACAUCUUUUAAAUAAUUGCUUGUUUUAAAAUAAUAUGUUUUUUGUUUUGAUUAAUACAAGGAUAAGCUGCACUACUUUUGAACAAUUAACCUUGUUUUAGAAAAGUUGCAGAUUUUCUUUACAGGGUCUAUGUAAAAUUGCUGUUAACAUUCUAUUUUACUACAUAGCUGGCUGAAAUUUUAAUGCUGUACUAAAAUAUUUCCUGCAAACAUAAUCUAUCAAAUUCAAAUGUGAUUUUGUCUAUUUGAGCUGCUUUUGCGUUUAUUUGGAUAAAUUUCUCGUGAAAAAAUUGUAGUCAUGGCAACCGUUUCUAUGAAAUGUACAUGUAGUGUUACAUUUUCCAUAAAUGAUGUUAUUGAUGUUAUGAUAAUGUUUCCACAGAAAUAAAAAAUGCUGGAUUCAAUUUUAAUGGAAUACAGACUCUUAAAAUCAAGGACGUUGUAUUUACUUAUGUUUCCAUUUCCUUCAUUUUUUUCGCCAUUUUAUAACAAAUAGUGGUAUUGCGAAAUUUGUCCUCAAUCCGUCAAUUUUAAAGAUAUCAGCUUUAAACUUCAGGACUUUAUUUCUGAAACAUAGCACAUUCAGAAAAUGUAAAAACCUGAAAAUGUCAUUUUUCCUCAUUAGGACCCAUUUUCGCAGACUUGGUCACAUAUAAUUGUAAUCAUAUUCUAUAACAUAUACUAUAUAAUUAUCUAUUAUUCAACAUCUAGAUAAAAACAUAUAAUUAUGCAGUAUAUGCCAUACAUAUUAUGAAAUCAAUAACCAAGAGUAUAAAAUAUCCCCUUACAAAUUCAAUGCUAAUGGAUUAACGUAUUUCAUUUGUUUUACGUGACUACAGUUUGUUUUAUUGACACUCUUUAUCAAUUUAUACAACCAUUACUCAAGGAACGUGUCAGGGAAAACAUGUUCAGCAUGUAAACCGUGAUGAUAGAGGUGGAAAGUUAUAUGUGUUCUCUGUUUUAAGGGCCGGUCACAAUACAGAAGUGGGUGGGGAAGGUCAAAAAAGGUCAAAAACUAAAACGUUUAAAAAGUUCAUGUCUUAUUUAGUUUUGAGGAACGAUCUUUUUGGGGAAUGAAACAUAUAAUCUUGGUGACACGUUUUAAGGGGGUCCAACGUGUUUUGUGUUUUCCGAAAUUUAAGUGAGCGAAAUGUGUGAUGCGGAAUAAAAUGGCGGAGUUCGAAGAUAUUCGUGGUGUUUUGGGAGGAUAUGUUCACCUGGUAAGCAAGUUUUAUCACUUUUCUCGCAAUAUAAAUACGCCUACCCGGAGGCCACACGUGUAAGCUUCUAACAGUUUUAACCCAUGUUUCUAGAGGCAUUAACAACAGUGAUUGAAUGUAUAAGCUAAACGAUUGCUUGUUUGCAAAGUGAAAAUAGAAAAUUGCGUGACUUAAAACUGUGUUUUUGUCAAAGUGCACCAUUCUUUUCUCUUUUCGACGGUUAUAU